AUGAAUAAAACUCCUGCAAACUCUCCAGCUUCAUUGAGCGCCUUUAAGAAGAAAUUUCCAACAACAACAAUGAAUACACCACCCCCUUCCCCGUGCUCUACUAUCACCAAAACUCCAAAAGGAGCCUUUGUAUCAUCAUCUUCCACUCCUAAUCAAAAAUCGGGUAUGGUGAAAAGGAAUAAUUUUGAAGCAGUUCCUGAUAUUGCCAAGUUUCAUGUACCGAGGCCUUUUGCCCCUUCAACUUCUGAAAAAUCCGAGAGUAAAUUCUCUUUCCACAUUGAUAAGAAUCAAGCUGAGGAAAAUUGCAAAAAACCAUCACAUGCUAAACUAGGAUUGAACAUUUCUUCGUUGAACUCAAGUUUUUAUGACCUUUCAAAGGCUCUGACAAAUCCAAUAUCAACCAACUCAACAGUUUCAUCAAUACCAACAGAGAAAACCCCUCCUGAAUCAUUUAUUGCCACAAGAAAGUAUAAGGUUCCACCUCGAUCAUCAACAAAUCAAUAUUUAGUGAGUUUUGAAACAGCCCAUAAGAAGGGAGUAGUUUGCUCCUCAGACUUGGAUCCUUCCUCAAAACCAAUCAAAAAGACUGAAGCCCUUAUGGAAAAGAGAAAGAUCCUGGCCCAGAAAUUGAGUCUUGCAUCAAGGGGAGCCUCAUUCUCACCAAUAUCAAGAGUUGUGAAGAAAGAAGGAUCUUCGUUUGAUAGUUUUCCUUCGACACCAACUAGUACAACAACUCUUCCCGAUGAAGCAUUCAUAAAUGUAAUUCAAAGUGGUUGUGUGAAUGAUAUCAUGUCAAAAGAUAUUGAAAGAACAGCCCAAGAAGGAAAUCAAAGUGUUAAGGAUUUGUUAAUGAAUGGUUAUUUUUUACAUUCGGGAAGAUGUGUGGAUUUGGAAGCUUUGCAACAAGAUAUUUGCACUCAAAUAUUAAUGGAAGAUGCUAAUGCCAAUGUGGAAGAACUUGCAUCAUUUUUCAAGUUGAAUGUAGUACUGCAAUUGAGUUAUUUACCUUGCACAUCAUAUUUCAACGUUCCAUUAGAAAGAACUUGUUCAAUGGUUGGUAAUGUGGUCAAAGGACUUUCGAUUGAGAAUGAUAUGAAGAACGUCAAAGCAAUUGCUGACAGAUUGAACGAGGAGUUUUCAUUAUUGGAAACCAAAAGCAGAGACGGUGAUCCAAAUCUUGUCUAUUCAAUGAAAACAGCAAACUUCCCAAUCUCUACCUACAUUGAAAAGGAAGCAGACUUGCAAACUUCAAUUGAAAAGCUUGGAUCUGUCCACGGUUGUAUCAUUACAUGUAUUUUAAGAAUGAAGCUGAACGGUAUUUCACAAAAGGAAUUAUCCAAAUUACCAAGAUGUUUCAGAAAUGCAGAUCAAUAUUUCUUAGCCAAGUUGAUUUGCAAUGACAAUCUUAAUAGACAAUUUCUUUCUCAAGGAAUAUGGCAGUUGCUUUCUCUUGAAUUAUUUGAUAAUGAUGUGAAUGAAGCAACGAAACAAGAAGAUGUAGAAUCUGAUGAAAUUACUUCAUACUUUGAUCCAGAUUUUGAACCUGCUGAUAAUCUUGAAGGAUUUGAUCAUUCCCAAUCCAAUAAUUUAACUGAAAAUCCCAAUUCUGGGGAAAGUGAACAAACUCCUGAAGAAUCUAAUGAAAAAACAGAUGAAGAAACAAGUACUGCAGAAGGCAAUAUUGACAUUUCUUCCCACCAACGUGAAGCAGUUGCUGGGAAUUCCGAGGAUGAGUUCAGCGUAGAACCUUUGGAAGAAGAGGUUGAAACACUGGUUGAAACAAAAGAUGAACAGUCUCAAACCACUGAUCCAGUUUUGAGUCAGGAAGAAACCACUCAAACAGAUGCAAUUUUAGACGAGCCAAAGAGUACAACAGAAGCAUCUACUGAAACGACAUCAACUGAACAAGAACCAGUGAAGGAAAAAUUGAAGGAAGAAGCUGUUUCUGAACCUACUAAAGAAAAUCAAGAGGAAAUCAAUGAAGAUAAUAUUAGUACAGAUUCUUCAGUAAUUGUAGAAGAACCUCAGGAAGAAGUAAUUUCAGAACAUGUAGAGGUGGAACCAGUCGAAGAAGAAUCCUCAGCAGAACCUCAAGUUUAUAUUCAACAAACAGGUCAAGAAAUUUUCAACCUUCAAGGACAAAUGAUUGAGGUGAAGGACCCUGCAGCUGAAAAUCAAGAAACAAAGCAAGUAGAGAAAUCUGGUUCUGAAAAUGUUGUUGAAGAGGGCAAAGAAGCUAAGGAAAAUUCUGUUUCCAGCACUUCAACCUCUCAAAUUCAGGAAGAGGAGAAAACUCCAUCAGAAGACCCUCCUCAACAAGUAGGGGAAAAUACCGAAUCAAACACUCCACCUGUUGAAAAUGUUAACACAGAAAAUGUCAUGACUGAAGAAAUUGCCACCACUAAGGAAGAAACCCAACCAACAGUUGAGAACGAGGAAAAAUCAGAAGUAACAGAACCAAUAGUCGAAGAGGUUGUAGAACAGGUUGAGAACAACACAAAAGAACAAGCUGAACCAGAAGAGACAUCAUUACCUUCAACAGAGAUUACCACCACAGUAGAAGAAACAACAGAACCUGAAACCACUAACGAGAAUAUUCAAAGAACAACUGAAGACCCAAAGCCAGGAUCUGUUCCAUUAUCCCAAACAGUCUUUGACGAACCAGCAAAGAAAGAAACAAAUGAAUCAAUUACACAAGAACAAACGGUUGAAGUGUCUAUAGAGCAAACAGAAAAUGAGCCAGCUGAAACAGAAAAGAAGGAAAGCUCUGAAUCACAAAUCGAAGAAAAAACAGAAACUGAAAUUACAACAGAAAACAUUAACCAAAAUGUCACUAAUGAACCAACAGAAAAGGAAAGCUCAGAACCAACAGUCGAAGAACAAACAAAAGAGCCUGAAACAACUAUUGAAAAAGUAAGUGUUGAACCAACACCAGAAUCAGUUCCUCAAACAAAUGAAGUUCCAUCAUCCACCCCAGAAAAAAAGGUUUCAGAAAGUACUGAAAGCGUUUCUUCACCAGCAACCAAGCAAUCAUCCACUACUGAAGCAAAAAAAGAAAACUCACCUCAACAAUCCAAGAAGAACAAUAGAAACAAUAACAAGAAGAAGAAGAAAUAA